AAGUAUAAAGUAACUAACCGUAGAGAGGGAACAGGUGCGCAGUGCCGCCAAAGUAUCUCUGCCCUAAAAAUCAAACAGGGCAGAGAGCGAGGAAGCGUGAGUCGAACAUGGGAACCUCUGCGAACACUGUCGGUGGUGGUCGAAGCGCCGCUGUCCCCAAAGACGUUGACUACGCCCAAUACUUCUGCACCUAUGCUUUCCUCUACCACCAGAAGGAGAUGCUCUCCGAUCGCGUUCGCAUGGACGCUUACUUCAACGCCAUUUUCGAGAACAAGCGCCACUUCGCGGGCAAGACUGUGUUGGAUGUGGGUACUGGAAGUGGCAUUCUUGCUAUAUGGUCAGCACAAGCAGGUGCGAGGAAGGUGUAUGCAGUGGAAGCGACCAAGAUGUCGGAACACGCACGGGCACUCGUCAAAGCGAAUAAUCUUCAGGACAUAGUUGAGGUCAUUGAGGGAUCGAUGGAGGAUGUUACAUUGCCAGAGAAAGUUGACGUGAUCAUCUCAGAGUGGAUGGGUUAUUUUCUUCUGCGUGAAUCUAUGUUUGAUUCAGUUAUACAUGCUCGUGACCACUGGCUCAAACCAACAGGAGUGAUGUAUCCUAGUCAUGCACGCAUGUGGAUGGCACCUAUCAAGACUGGGAUAGGAGAUCACAAAUUUGGUGAUUAUGAGUCGACUAUGGAUGAUUGGCACAACUUCGUUGAUGAAACAAAAGCCUACUAUGGUGUUGAUAUGAGCACUUUAACGAAGCCUUUUGCAGAGGAGCAGAGGAAAUACUAUCUACAGACAUCAUUGUGGAACAACCUUCAUCCAAAUCAAGUCAUUGGAACUGCUGCUAUAAUAAAGGAAAUUGAUUGUUUAACUGCCACACAGACAGACAUAGAGAAAGUUAGAUCAAAUUUUUCUUUGUCAAUAACCAUGGAAAACACAAAGUUGUGUGGAUUCGGAGGGUGGUUUGAUGUACAUUUUCGGGGAAGAAGUGAGGAUCUAGCUGAAAACAUGAUUGAGUUAACUACAGCUCCCAGUGUAGAUUAUGGUACUCAUUGGGGCCAACAGGUUUUUCUCUUGCAUCCUCCUAUGCAUCUGAGUGAAGGUGAUGAUAUAAAGGUUUCUUUUCUAAUGAGUCGCUCAAAGGAAAAUCAUCGUUUGAUGGAGGUUGAACUUGGGUGUGAGAUUCAUCAGCAUUCUGGCAAGUUGCUUGCACCUUUCAAAAGCAAGUACUUCAUUGAGUGACAAUUUGGAUUCUAUAUUCUGGGGACUGCAAGAUACAAGAUGUGGAAUUGUAUGGUUAAUGCCUUGGUUGUUUUUGGACAUCAUUAUGUAGUAAGAGGAAAAAAGCAGUUGCGACCACUUACAACAAUUACGGUUCUUCCAAUUAUAUAUGGUAAUGCCUGUGACUCACAAGGACAUUUAGCAUUUUUCAGUGAUGGUUGGAUAACGCUUGUGCUGGUUAUCUUUACCUGAGUAGUUUCAGGGCAAGCCUCUGGCCCCUUUAUUUUAUAAUGUUUUGCUUAAGUGUGUAUUUGGUUAUUUGUGGGAUUCCUGGUGCUUUUUCUUUUGGCUCUCCAUUCCACAAUAUAUUUUUUUUAUUUUGGUAUUUUUUAUAUAGGAUGAGACAAUAGAGUUGGUGCGAUCUAAUGGAUAUAGAGAUUUCCUUGUUAUGGCCAUUAACGCUUUUGAUAUUA